GCUCACGCCGUGCAGACGCACUCUGUGGUUUGGCGAGCACACGGGGUUUGUAUACGCUUUAUCAUUGCCGCUUCAUUUCCAGCAGCAUCUUUCUCUCUCUCCUCCAUCCACGUUUCACCACAGCCGCAUAGCGACCUUCAGUGCACCUCGCUGAAUGCUGUGUGUUCGUGUUGGUCCGCCGUGGCUGCGAUUAUCAGUGCUGCUGGAGGGAAACGGAUCGCCGUGCUGCAUCACUGUAGCGCGCUUUGGAUGACAUUUGGGUGUAGGCUGUUCUGACUGUAAUAGCUACCAUGGCGAAAACAGUCGCCUCAUCCGGCGCAGUCACAGGUGAAAAGAUGGCACCGCCAUCCAUCAGUCUACUUCCUGACAAGAAAUCUCCAACAAACAGUCACAGCUCUCCAGCCCGGACUGGAAAAAACACCCCAUCUAACACAGAGAAGAAGCUACACAUGAAUGGGCACGCUUCCCCUUCCCACCUACCUGCUAAUGUCAGCAGCAACCAUGGAGGUAAACCAAUUCUGGAGGGUUACUUGAAGACAGACGACAGGAUGCGUUUAGCCAAGGAGCGGCGAGAGGAGAGGGAGAGAAGCCUGGCGGCCCGGGAACAGCUAAUCAGGGAGAAGGAGCGCAGAGCACGGCUGCAGUAUGAACGCACAGUGGAGGAACGCUGGAGGCGGCUGGAGGAGCAGAGGCAGAAAGAGGAUCUUCGCAGAGCUGCAGUGGAGGAAAAGAGGAGGCAGCAGCUCGAGGAGGAGCGGGAGCGGCUCGAGGCCCUGAUGAAACGCUCUCUGGAGCGCAGCCUCCAGCUGGAGCAGAGGACAAAACGCUGCAGCAGAGGCUACCAUCAAGGAGCAGCACCCUGCAGCCCUCACAGGUCACCUUUCCACACCUCGGUGAACCGUGUAGAUCAGAACAGAGCUGGACUUCAGGGAGGCUCUCAGUCCACUCCCAACACCCCAAAGAAAGAGCGGCUGCGCAGAGAGAGAAGAACUGCAUCCCCAGGUUGUGGGUCCCCUGUGAGAAGAUCUGAAUCUCCUGCCAGUUUCACCAAACAUUUGGCUUCCCCUCCCACCCCUUCCAAGAUACCAUCUAGGAUUCGCGCCCAGUCUCCUAGCAAUGCACAUCAGUACCAUUACUCUCCGACAAGACAGCUCCCCAACCCGAGUGAUGAUAAAAAAACAGGAAAUGACAAGGUGGGAAAAAAGGGCGAGCACACCAAAGCUGAGACUGCAGUGAAAAAGAGCGCUGACAUCAACAGCUUAAUUUCAUCUCCACCACCUCAGAAGAGUAUGGCCAGUACUGAAAUCGCUAAAACCAAAUCCUCCGAUAAGUACCUCAAAGGAGACACCAUUGAAAAAUGUCAGUCGCCUGAAAGAGGGAACCAGCUGACUUCCAAAGGAGAUCCCUUAGAGAAGAUGACACAGAGCAAUUUUCAGGAUGGAGACAAGAAAAAAGAAGCAGCACCAUGCACAGGCAAGGUGGCUGCUGGCACAUCAAAUGCAGAGGAGGCUAGCAGGUUGCUGGCUGAGCGUAGGCGCCAGGCUCGGGCUCAGAAAGAACUGGAGGAGAAAAAACGGGAGCAGCAAGAAAAAGAAGGAAGGUUACGAGAGGAACGGAAGCAACUUGCACAGGAGCAGCAACGGCAGGAGGCAGUGAAUCAGCAAGUGAAGGAGAGAGGAAAGAGUGAGGCAGACGCUCAUUUGAAACAAGAAGAAGAGAAACGAAAGAAGGAACAGCAGGAGAAGGAGCUACAGGCCCAGAUGGACAGAGAGAGAGAAAAAGCCAAAGUCCUGGUUCAAGAGGAUGUGGAGCGUCAGCGGCAAGACAGAGAACUGCAGACACAGCAAGAGGAAGAGGAGCGGCAACAAAGAAAAAAGAGGAUUGAGGAGAUUAUGAAGAGAACUAGGAAAGGUGAAGCUGAUUUGAAGACGGAGGAACAGGUGGAGACAAAGUGCGUCUCGCCACCAGGUAAUAUAAAGACUAUUCAAAGCAAUGCUCAGGUUAAAGAGCCAGCAACCAAAAAGGUUGACUUUCAGGUUAAAGAGCAGGUCAUAGUUCAGGUCAAAAUAAAGGACACUGCUCUCGGGAAGACAGACACAGUCACGGCAGCAGCAGCACAGAUGGACAAUCAGAAGCAAGUAAAAAACAACACUCAUCUUGUGACGCACAGUGUUCCUGACAAGAAAUCUGAGACAAGACAAACCAGGGAAGAGAUUAGCAGCCAACUUAAAGUAGCCAAAGCCUGUGUACUCCAGCAAGAGGGGGGAGAGAUGGAAAUGAAUGUAAACCAGCAGCACAGAGCAAGUGUUAAUGUCACAGACCAAAUCAUGAAAGAACCCACAAAGCUGAGGGGAGAGGGCGUUAUGAUGAACAGUGGAGGAAAGGGUGGAGGAAGUGCCUUGAAGAGGAAUGCUCCAACAGCUGAAGCAAGCAAAGAGCAGAGCGUGGAUGUGCCAGCAGCUGACAAAGCUGGGGGAAAGGAUAAAGGAGGGUCCCAGCUUGGGGUUGGUAGACCUCCUGUGAAACCCCUGCCAAUGGGAAACCUGUCACCACCAGUCAUCAAGCUGGAGCCACUCAAUGUGAAGCACACAGGGUCUUGCGAUGAGGUGCAGUCGAUGGAAGUCAGCCCGGCCUCAAAGGAAGAACUCAUUUCGAUCCCAGAGUUCUCGCCUGUCAAUGAAAUCCAGAGCAGUGGCAUGAGUAACACCCGGGCCCUCGAAGAGCUGAUGGACCUGACAGGGAGCGUCACCUAUGCUAAACUGUCCUCUGAAAGCAGCAUCGGUGACUGCAACAAGAACCUCAUUGAGGGUGUCGUCAGUCCCGUCUCAGACUCAAAGCUCAUUGGGAUGGCACCUCCGUCCUCGAAUAAACUAAGCAUCAAGUAGCCGAUUAAUUCCUUUCUCUUCCUCUCUUGCUUGCCUUGUCUCUGUCCUCUCUGUCUGUCUCUCACACACAGGCACACAUACGCUCACAGGAUGUCACAUUUUGACUAUGUGCUCUUGUGUCAUUAAAGUAAUGGGAAUAGAGCCAUAGAGAUUGACCUAAAAAUGUACAAUAUGACCUUCAAUAUAAACAAAACAUCUCCUAUUUAGUAAUAACAUAGCAAAUGACUGUGUUACAGCUGUUGUGAAUCUGCAGUUCUUGUUUUGAGGACAAGUAUCCACUUAUGAAAGACAGUCAGUAGAUGUGUGACACAAUGGAGAAAAAAUAUCAGGGAUUUGAAUACUAGAAAAAUUUCAAAAACAUACUAUUACUUAAUUACAUUAGCUGGGAAAGAGCUUGCCCUGCACAGAUUCCUUACUGGCUCCCAGUUCAUUUUCAUGUUGUAUUAAAGCCUGCUCAGAGCACUGAUGACUGUAGCCUUUCCAAACACCCUCCUAAGCCUUUAAAUGAUCUUCAAAGUGUUGCUGGGAAGGCAAGACAAUUUAAUGUUCAUGACAGGUUUAUUUUUAAUGCUAACUGGCAAUGUUACUGGUGUGUGUAUUGAUAUUGGAUUUACGUAACAAACUAAAAUCCAGGCAGACUACUCCAACUAUGUAUUAUUUACUUUCUCUCCCAGCAAACAAUAAUCUUGAUAUUUUCCCUUUAUUCCCUUUUCAAAUCUUUCUAACUGCAUGCAAAUGAGGAGGGAAAUGACCUUAAAAAAAUUCCAAGUAAACUUGAAUGUUGCAGCAAACUAAAAACAAGUCAUGUCAUCAAUGCAAAGAAAGUACCAGUAUUGUGCAGAGCAGAACCAGUCUUCUACAAAUAUACAGAAAUCAAGAAAGCAAGGCAGCCUUAAACUUCCUGUUAUUUAAAAAGAUAUAUUAGAGAUAUUAAAGAUAUAUUAUCUGUGAAACAGAAAUUUCCCUCUAUGUCUGGAUACUGAAGUAUAGGACUGAAGGGCGCAGGGACAGGAAUGUUUGCUGAGCGACUUGCAAAUGAUCUGGCCUGUAGCUUUAAAGAUACUGUUUACUGCUGACCCCCCCUUACAUCUGAGAUCAUGAACACUUCUUCAACAAUUCAGUGACAUUCACUUUCUGUAUUGUGUUAAAAUGUAUUUUCAGUAGAGAUGCCUUAUCUGGGACUGAGCAGCUGCUUAUUUUGUGUUUAUCUUAACAUGACCACUGGGAUAGUUGUGUGUCUGUGACCUGUAACACUUGAAACUUGGUUUGAAAUGCAUAAUGUCUGCCAUGGUGCAGACAGUAAUGUCGACAUUCAGUGCAGUUAAGAAGUGACAUUUAGUUUUUGUUGUCAAACAACCCAAAUCAGUGGCCAUAUAACAGUCUUAUGCAAAGUAGCCACAUUGAAAUAUAAAUCAUAUAUCUGAGUUAUGGUUUGAUAUACACAUCUAUAUAUAUUUUGCAUAUUCAAACAGCUGGAGGACUGGAAAAUGGAUAUGAACUAAUAAUACACAAAGCCACAUCAAAGAAGUAUUCACGCUUGCUCAUUGCUAUACAUGAAACCAGUGUCAGUCACUCAGCUUAUGUAAUUACUGUAGACAUUGUGCAUGAUUAGCAUGGAUAUCUGAAACAAUAA